AUGGCACGCCCGAGUGCUGCCGCAAAAGAGAGGCGGCCCCACUUCUUCAAGGUCUUCAUCUCCGACUGCAGCUCCAAGCGACUGGUACGUCCUCUCUCCCCCACCCCUCCUCCCAGAUGCGAAGAGACCCAGUUUCGCAGGUUGUUGAUCUCUUGAUGAUUAUCCCAUCUUUGCAACUCGUAGGCGAUCCCUCCUGACUUCUGCAAGCACAUUGAGCCCAACAUAAAUCGCCGCAUCUGUCUGAGACGGCCCCGCGGGAGCUCAUGGAGCGUAGACUUGGUCAGGGAGGAAGGCGGCGGCGUUUUUUUCCAGAAUGGCUGGGAGGAGUUCGUCUCCGACCACGACCUCAAGACCGGCGAUUUCCUGGUCUUCAAAUAUGGCGGCGGCCCGCAUUUCAUCGUUGUGGUCUUCGAUCCGACGGGCUGCGAGAAGGAGGCCUUCCACGUGACGCCAUUCCCCGAAGUGGUAAUUAUUGGGGAGUCUCACAAGAGGCGGCGCCGCUCAGGGAAGGAAGUAGUCGCCUACGUGGUGAAGGAAGAGCCCCAGAGUGACGAAGGUCCGUUGCCGCUUGCUCUCUGACCACAGCAAUUUCUGCCCUAGAACGGAAUGCAAUUCUCUCAAGGUCGCAGCUGCCCGAUCUGCGCUUAAUGUGCAAUUUGGAUUACCUGCAGACGCAAGCAAUCCACGUGCCAGAGGCUCGAGGCUGAGAAAGAUUGGUCGGAAGGAGAGCAGCACCUGUGAGCGAUCAACAGAUGAGAAGGGUAGGAGCGCGAAGAAGCGAUCCACCUGUGAGCAUCCGGCCAGUCCGGGCAGCUCCAGCAUGGACGAUGAUGAUGAGCUCCAUCUCGAAGGUAAGGAGUGGGCUUUCAUAUCCUUUGUAAGGAUUUUUCAGAUCUAAAUAAUCUGACCGUUUGACGUUCCCAGUGAGGAUCAAGUCGCGCCUGGGGUCUGUAAUCCCACGUAGGAGGAGGAGGAUAGCCGAAGAGGAGAAGGCAAGACCCCUAGAAUUGGCCUUGUCUUUCCGGUCGAAGCAUCCCUUUGGCAUCUCUGUGAUGCGGGAUUCCAAUGUAUAUCAUGGCUACUACAUGGUGAAUUCUCUUUCCCUGCAACUGACCAUUCUUCUUGUUUUCUUCCCUUCUGAUGAUCAGGUUCUUGGGUGUUUUCAGUCUGAUUUCAUCUUGUGAAUCAUCAUCCCUUUCAUGGAAGAUUGAAUUAGCUUGGGCGGGGUUCUUUCGCCAUAAGAAGUAUCAUGCGUGCGAUAUAGGCAUUGUGUCAUCCGAGUCUUUGAAUUCUCCGCAAGACUUCUCCUCCACGAGUUCUUGCCAGAUGCUCAAUGGCGGGCUCUUCUUCGGUUGGGUGCGUGCAGGGCCUCCCAAGCUCGCUGACGGACCAUCUCCCGAGGGCUAACAGGACGAUGUAGCUUCAGGGCCCCUCCAAGGAGGCGACGUGGAAUGUCGCGUACGUUCACUACGAAAGCCGUGGCGGAUUCAGCGGUGGCUGGGGGAAGUUCGCCCGCGCCCACAUCCUCGAGAGCGACGACGUCCUGGUCUUCGAGCUCUUCAGGCCGCUCGAGGUCAGGGUCCACAUCUACAGGGUGGUAGAGCAGCUCGCUUGGCUGAGCUGCGGAUAA